AUGGGACCCGGUGGGUGUGGUCCGGGAAAGACGGGGGUCAAGGUAGCAGGGGUGAGAGAAAGGAGACGACGUUGGAGCGUGAGCGUGGGCGGAAUAUCAGAAUCUGCAGUUGGCAGUUGCGUUGCGGUCGCGCAGUUGCACUUGCACUUGCACUUGCACUUGGCACUUGCCCCUCUGACUCUCUCCAAAGCUCGGAACGGCAGGGGUGGAGACGGUGGUCCUGCCAUUGGGCCUUUGGGUAAGGUGUCGUGUGCUCCUGCUGUUGCUCACUUUCUGCUCUCGUGCUUCUUCUCCUUCCUUGGUGACGGUCCUCGCCGUCUUUGCAACUUGCAACUUCCAGGUGCAGGCAUGUGGUCCCAGACUUCCCAGACAGGUUGCCAGUCGCCGCAUAAGCCGCUAACGGGCUUGGCACAAUUUGGGGGUGGCUCCAGCGUCAAGGUCAGCGCCGGUGCCACUUGCGUGGAGCUAAGGGGACAUAGUCGACUAGCCGAUAUCUGCCUUGCUCUCUUGAGUCUUCUUAGGGGAGAGUAA